CAUCAGAAAAUAGUGACCGCAUUUCUGACUGACCAUUAUCUCGUAAAAGAGUUAAUAUAACGUUUUAGACCUACGUUUUAGUUGCUUGUUUUGAUGGACGACGACGUGACACAUGUAGAGACAGAAACGAGGGCUCCUUCAGUCAUCGACCGAUAUUAUACACGAUGGUACAGGACAGACUUGAAGGGUAAACCAAGUGAAGAUCACUGUAUUUUGCAGCAUUCAAACAGAAUUUGUGUUGUUACACUGGCAGAAACCCAUCCAAUUCUUCAAAAUGGGAGGACUAUCAAAAGCAUUAAUUACCAAAUUAGUGAUUGUUGUAGUCGACUUAAAAACAAAGUGUCUGGAAAAUCUAAACGGGGAGGCCAGUUCCUGACAGACUUUGCUCCUCUGUGUAGGAUAACAUGCACAGAUGAUACUGAAUACACCAUUUAUAGUUGCAUUAGAGGAAGACUUCUAGAAGUCAAUGAGGAUAUUCUAAAAACACCAGCUUUACUACUGGAAAAGCCAUUCACUGAAGGAUACAUUGCUGUGAUUUUGCCAAAGCUUGAGGAGAGCAAGAGCAUAACAGAAAACCUACUGACAAGGGAUGAGUUUGAGAAAGUUGUUGCGAAACGAAACAUUUUUCCAUCACAACCGUCUUGAUGGAAAACAGACAUUUUGGACUUUUUUUUUUCUUUG